CCACCACCAUCACCACCACCUCUACCACUACCUUCCACCACUUCCUCGUCCUCCUUCCAUCGACACGCUCACCACAGACACCCCCCACCAAGCCCUACCUGGUAACCGCCACCAGAGCUCCGCCAACAUGGUAUAUCCAGACACCGCCGAGGGGUUCAUGAUCUCCGACCAGAAGCAGUGGAAGAACUUCGAGAAGAAGGAAUUCAAGCUGAAGCCGUUUGAGGACCGGGAUAUCGACAUUGCCAUCGAGUGCUGUGGUGUCUGCGGCUCGGAUGUACACACAAUCUCAGGUGGAUGGGGAGAAACCCCGUUGCCCAUUUGUGUUGGACACGAGGUGGUGGGUAGAGCCAUCAAGGUCGGCAGCCAAGUCAAAACCAUAAAGGUGGGCGAUCGCGUAGGCGUGGGAGCUCAGAUUGGAGCCGACCUCACCUGUGGCAACUGCAAGGCUGAUCAAGAGAACUACUGCCCCAAUCAAAUCGAUACAUAUGGUGCGGAAUACAAAGAUGGAACGGUGUCGCAGGGUGGCUACGCAUCGCACAUUCGAGCUCACGAGUACUUCACUUUCAAAAUCCCAGACAACAUUGAGAGCGAAGUCGCAGCUCCUAUGCUGUGUGCUGGCUUGACUGUCUACUCCCCGCUUGUUCGCCUGGGAGCGGGUCCUGGCAAGAAGGUCGCUAUUGUUGGCCUAGGUGGCCUCGGCCAUUUCGCUGUCCUCUGGGCAUCAGCACUUGGUGCCGAGGUAUACGUUCUGUCUCACAGCCCGAACAAGAAGGAAGAUGCGCUCAAGAUGGGUGCCAAGCACUUCGUUGUCACCAGUGAGAAGGAUUGGCACAAGGAUCUGGCGUUUACUUUUGACUUCAUCCUCAACUGCGCCGAUGCCACUCACAAGUUCAACUUGAAAGACUACUUUGGCACAAUGAAGGUUAUGGGACGCUUCCACAACGUGGGUUUGGGUGACCAUCCUUUGCCGGAGAUGAUGGCCCAGGACUUUGCAGGCAACGGCUGCUAUAUUGGCGCCUCGCACAUUGGCAACCGCCCCGAGAUGCUCGCUAUGUUUGAUCUCGCCUCGAAGCAGAACAUCAAGAGCUGGAUCAAGAAAGUUGAUAUCUCUGCAGAGGGUUGUGCCGAAGUUGUCACGGGCGUCUACGAUAAUACGGUCCGCUACCGAUAUGUCCUCACGAAUUACGACAAGGUCUUUGGCAAGCGCGACUAGAAUGACAUUGUGUAGACAGUUAGUAAUGCUGCCACGACAUACAGAAAAUAUCACGUGAAAUGUUCUGCCGAAGAUUCACCAAGGGCUUGCCGUGCGUGACGAUGGAUGGAUGUGAGAGACUUCAAGGCCGUUGACUAUGCGCUGCUAUAUGGCUACGCUCAGGACAGAUCGAGAAUGACGCGACCACUGAUUUCUCCUUUGUCCAUUCGUUCGAAGAUGCUGGUGAGCUCUUCCGGCUUCGCGGUAGUAAAGUGCGUCUUCACCAGGCCACGCUCCGCGAACUGGAGCGUCUCUAUGGCCUCCUUGCGAUUACCCACUGCCACACCCACAAUCUUUUGUGCUUUGGCAACUAGAAAUUGUGGGUAAGCGGUGGCAAUGGCCUUGAGCUCUCCUUCUGGCAGACCCACGCAGACCAACGUGCCUCCGAAUUUUAGCAUGCCCAUGCUAGAUGCGUAAGCCGCAUUGGCCGCUGUCAGGACGAGCACUGCCUGUACGCCCAAUCCUCCAGUCGCGGCCUUGACCUCCUCUUCAGCUUUGCCCUGUGUGUGAUCGAUGAAGACUUCCGCUCCACACUCCAUGGCAAGAUCUUUCUUGUUGCCUGCAUCAAUACCGAUGACUCGGAUUCCCAUGCCUUUCGCAGCGAUUUGGCAAGCCAAGUGACCUAAGCCACCACCAGCUCCAAGAAUUGCGAUUGUGUCACCCGCCUGCGCUCCGGACUUUCGAAGGGCAGAGUAUACGGUGACACCUGCACAGAGCAUUGGGGCCGCAGCGUCCGAGGGGAGAGAUUCCGGGAUGGGUGUCACGUAGUUGGCAGGUCCUAGGACAUAUUGCUGAAAAGUUCCCGGUGUGUAGUAACCUGAUACCUUUGCAUUGAAACACACUCCAUCGUGGCCGGCCAGACAGGCGGGACAGCUAUCACAGAUGCCACUGAUCCAUUUGAUUCCUACCCGGUCUCCGACUUUGACGGUGCUGUGUUCUGUACCGGGUCCACACUUGACCACUCGUCCCACGCCUUCGUGGCCACCGACUUGUCCGGGUUGAGUUGGGAAUGGGAGGCCAGCCCAUCGAUUGGUCAUGACACCUAGAUCCGAAUGACAGACACCAGAGUGAGUCAAAUUAAUCAACACCUCGCCGGGACCGGGCUCGGGUGUAUCGAGCUCGACGAGCUUGGUAGAAAUCUUGCCGGGCUCAUCAUAAAUGACAGCCUUGUGUUUCUUGGGAAUCUCUGGAGUGGUCAUAUUUGGGUGAAAAAAAAAAGACAAUAUACCUAAAA